CAUGUCAACUAAGGCAAUCCAAGUUAAUGACAAUUCCUUUUGUCUUUAAAUUUGUAAAGAUCAACUUCUAGAGUCACACUACAAUAAUGACAGAGUAAUUUAUACACAACAAAUCAACUAAUAUAGGAGCAGUUUAAAACCAAUUCAGGAAGUUAUUUCCAUGCCAAACUGUUGAUAUAAAAUCAAGCUAUAAUGAGAAUAAUCUCUGCGAAAACGCCGUCUGAAUUCCGCAUAAGUUUGUCCUUCCGUGCUUCCCAUACUUUCACAUGACUCCUACUGCGUGUGACUGCCCUGCAUUCCUCAAGUGUCACUGUUAGCUUCACAAGUUAGUUUAUGUUUACAGAAAGAGUCGCUAAGUGACAUUUAAAGUUGAGGAAACUGCCCGCUCUUCCCUUUUUGUGUUUUGUUUGCGCAGACGACGGACAGUUUGCGUUCUGCGGGAGCGAUUCUACGCAUCGGAUUCGCCGCUAUAGCUUCAGUCAAAGUGCAUCUUCAGCCUGCAGGAGGAAACCCAUGAUCGACCACUGAGGAAAACUUAUGGCUGAGCUCAAGCCGCCAGACACAAGGAGGUGCAGAUACUUCUUCCUCUAUGACGGAUCUAAGGUCAGAGGAGAGGGGGACCCCACCAGGGAUGGCAUCUGCUACUUCUACCCCGAGGAGACUCCUGUGGACAAGCAGGACCUGCUGUGUGGUCAGCUUGCAGGAGUGGGCCGCUGUGUCUCUGAGCUUUCCUCCUCCGCUGUACGCAUCCUGAGGCUGCGUCGCUGCAAGUUCGCCAUCCGCAUCAAGGAUGACUUCUUCUGGGCUCUUGGUUGUUCCAUGGAACUCCCUACUGUCAGUGUCUGUGAGCUCCUGGAUCAUCUCAUCAACCUCUUCUGUUUCUACAACGGCUCUGUUCGCCAGAGCUAUCAGUUCAACAGUAAGGAAACUCUGGCCGCUGAGUGGGCGCGGUACCUUUCCCAUGUUCUGUCUGGACCGUCCGAGUUGCACUACAUCUUACAAAGCGUGAGGACCUUAGACCUGACAAAUGUUGACCCACUUCUUCUCCUCAAAGCUGCCCUCAUUCUCCAGGCGUGCCAGCGCUGCCCCCUGGUGUUAGCAGGCUGUGUUCUUUUUAGAGGGAGAGUUGUCAGCACACAGAUGCCUCCACAGCUAACAAUCAAGGUCAUGGUUCAUGAGAGUGAAACGUUCACUAAGACACAGAGGUCGAGUGGAACGAGCACGCCGCCAUCAGACGGCGGGCUGGUUAGCUCCACUGCUGUGUUCCUGACGCCCUCUGAGCUUCAGUACCUGCAAUCUGCUCCUGUUGACAAAAUAUCCAGUUCCUACUCUGCUCCGGAGAAAGACACUCCCCCAAAGAAGACCAGGCUUUCCAGAACGUUAUCGGACACCCCAUCCUCAGAGUCGACGCCGUCUCGUCCAGCAUCUUGUCAGUCCCCUCAGAGGGCGUCCUUCAGCCCAUGCACGUCGGGCUCCGAAGACUCUGUGUUUAGUCCGGCUCCGUCACAGGGUUCUUCUGCGGAUUCCCCCAACCCGUCUCCUCUGUCACCGAUCCGCCGUUUUUCUAAUGGCGGGAACGCUGAUCAAGCUGAGGAAGGAACACUGGACGAGUCGCACCAUCACAGUCUUCACAGCGACGGAGGUGGAGUUAGCCAGAUGCCCAGCGAAGGAGAUGGCUCGGCCUUCGAGGAAUCCCUCCAUCUUAAUGGCGGCGCCGCCAGCGAGACGACCGAUUGCGGGAACGCGGCAUCUCGUGACGAAAAAACAGUCUGCUGCAGGAAGGCCAAAGGUCACAAGGCAGAGACAAGGCAGCCUCCUUCUGGUUCCUGCUCUUUCGACAGCCUGGAGGAGAGUCCUCUGGUUCCCAUGGCGCUGUACGUGCACCGGGUCAACAGCCUGGUGCUAGCUCUGCUGGUGGACCCUCGUUUCAUGGGCGACUCUGCCUCCAUGGAGGAAGUGAACCACAGCAGCCUGGCUUCGCUCAAUGGACUGGAGGCCCACCUCAGGACCGUAUCUCCGGUGGCCCCAGAUGCUGCGGGGGCGUACUUAUUCGCCCAUUACGACUCUAUCCAGAGCACUCUGACAACCAACGUGUCUGGCCGACCAGGGGGAGUCCCGGAGCAUCCCUUUGUCCGAGCCACAUCGCUUCUCCACUCGCAUUUCUUUGACACUGAGACUCUGCAGGAGGCUAUUAUAAGGAACGCCGGCACAGCUGUGUACGGCACCCGCAGCGUGGCGCAGGAGACCUACUUCCAGCAGCAUUGGGGAACCAUGAGGAACUCGGGCAUUCCCAACCAGCAGGACAGCGCCUUCUCGCUGCCCAGCAAGGCCCGGCACAGACUCCUCAAACACGGGGUCAAGCUGCUGUGACCCCAUGGACGGCAGGAUUCAGAACUCCAUUUAACAAAUAAACUAGGAAAAAAAAAAAAAACGCUUAAGGAUUUUGAUCAAGCUUUUGAACUUUAUAAAAAUUAUUCUUUCAUUCCUGCUGAACUUCACCCGAACACACUGACUGUUCUACGGUAAGAUGUACUUUGUUUUGAAACGUUAUUACUGCCUUAAAUAUUUAAACAGGAAAGCUAACGGUGCCUUUUUUCCACAUAGCAAUCUAUAAUGCGAUGUAGAUUGCUAUAUGGGUUUACCGCUGCUGUUUAGAUCAAAGCAUAGUCAGGUUUUAAAAUGGCCUAGUCAAAGUCUGACCUAGAAGACGUCACAAAAUGUUCAGUCUUAAGAUGUACAAAGCUGGAAGAGACAUUCCCCUUAACCCCUGGAGCAAAUGCUCUCCAGAAUUUUGUUAAAAUAAUUAUUUUCCUCCUACUUUGUAAACGUCUUAUUGGUUCAUUGUGACAAAACGUGACAAAUGUCAAGAGGUGUGAACACUUUUCCAAGUCGCUAUCGACUUUUAGUCCCAGUUUGGGUAAUUUAUACAUCGUUGUACUGUAAUAUAGUCUCAUGUGGGCUUGGUGCACGUCAGCUCUUAUAGAAUUUGAUUGCACACUGUACACACUGUGCUCCAUUGUUUUGCUGGUGAUACUUUCUGUUUUGCUCCUGUAUUUUCUUUUUCUUCUCACAAGAUAAAAAGCGACGGUAUUUUUAUAGCCUAGACUCAAUCACGUUGCUUUAACGAAUAUCACACACUUGUGUUUAUCGGUAAUAAAAAUAUCAAAUAUU